AUGGCCAAGGAUACUCUAUCGCUGGAUGCGAUUCUACCCUUCCUAGUGUGGCAGUUUCUCAUACCCCUUGCUGCAGGAUGGAUACAAACCGUCCUUUACGGCAUCUUCAUCCGUGCCGGUGACCCAAAACCACAACCCGGCACUCCACGCUUCAACAAACAUCGCCGCAAUAUCCUCAUAGCUGUCUACGCAGCGUAUUUUGCCUUUACCAUCUACGAAGUCGAUUUCAACCUGCAGCGUUCCAGCAAUGCGUACAACGAUCUCGGCGUACCCAUCGAUGUUGACGAAAGUGGUAUAAACUCGCGCUUCAGGAGGUUGACAAUCAAGUAUCAUCCGGAUAAGAUUGGGCCAAAUGUAGACCAGGAACUCGCCAACAAUUACUAUGUGCAUUUGAAGCACGCGCGGGAUAUCAUUCUGGAUCCCGUAAAGCGCUUUGCAUAUGACCGCUUUGGCCCAGACAUCCUCAGGCAGUGCCAAGACUGUUUGACCAUCAAGGAGUACAUUGACGGGGCACUGGUGUCUACGUACAUAACGUACAUCGGCCUACUUAUUUUCUUAAUGGGCGCAAAUGCUCUUGGCUUUCUAAGAGAUGGCGCACACUGGCGCUACGUGGGUCUUCUCGCUGUCGCAACUUUUGAAGUACGCACCGCUCUGCGUCCCGACCACCCUGCGUUGCUCACCAAGUACCUAAACCCGCUCGUUACAUCCACCAACCUCCGGCCUGCAUAUCUCCCAUUUCAAGUCAUUGCCGUUAUCAAGAAGACGGCUAUAUCUCUCACCCAAUUCCUUGCUCUCCUUACGCCACUUUAUCGCGACGAUCCGCAGGGUUCAAAGCCUACCGACAAUAGCGAGGACACGAUACACAAGCAGCUCGACCGCCUGGGGCAAUUUGUCGCCGAAAAUAACAAGGACGUGAAUAGGCUCUUGGAAUUAGAAAGCGUGCCCUACAGGGAUAACGAAAGGGCAAAGAGCGAGCUGAGGGAAGCGCUAAAGAAGUACAUGGUACAGAACGUGGUGCAUCAAGAGAGGGAAGUCAGAAAUGCAAUGGGAGAAGUUAUGAUGAAGAGAAGAACUGGGGCUCCUCAUGGCGCGCAGGGAACAAAGUAG